AUGUUUCAACUGUUUUCCAAAAUAACAGAAACUCAUAAUAUUGAUUGGAAAACACAGCUCUGUGCACAAGCUUAUGACGGAGCAUCAUGCAUGCAAGGUAUUUAUUCAGGUUUAAGAACACACAUACAGAAAGAAAACCCCAGAGCUGUUUAUAUCUGGUGUUUUGCUCAUGUAAUUAAUUUAGUGGUUGUUGACACGUGUGACUGUUCUGUAGAAACAAAAGUAUUUUUAGGAGAUAUUCAAGCAAUAAACGAAUUUAUGCGAGCUCGCAAAAGAACAGCAAAAUGUAUUCAUUAUCAAAAAGAAUGUUUUCCAAAAGAUCGAAUUCGGCGUCUUAAGCAUUUUUCUACUACCAGAUGGACAUCUCAUGGGAGAGCUAUUGAUGUAGUUUAUGAAAAAUAUUAA